UUGAACUCUGCAGCUUCGCGUGAAAUACGAAAGAGGAUUGUUAGAAUUACGUCUGAGGACCACACUUCUCCAAGCAACCUAUAAAAAAAAAUAAUUUUCUGUUAUGCUUGUUGCAAUUCUUAUUCUACCUCCUUUGAUUAAAACUUUCCUUUUUCCAGGAACAUUUGUGCCAAAGACAACAUUUCUGGAACUGCUCACAGCUGGAGAUUUGUCAGCGCAUUUUGCCCAGCAGACAAUUAAUGUUAAUUGGUGUCUCUUUCCAAGCGUGCCAGUGAAGAUCACGUCAGCAUACAUCAGAAUUAACAAUAACCAAAAUGUGAGACUAAUGCAAACCUUCUCAAACCUAUAUUCGAUAACACUAAAAUGUUCUACACAAGUAAAAACGCACACGUAACUGUCAACAAUGCUCAAUGCUCCGUCCUGACCGCGUAGCUCAGUUGGCAGAGCAUUGGGCUAGUAUUCCAAAGGUCGUAGGUUCGAUUCCCACCGUGGCCGGGCAUAUUUUUCAAGCUCGCCCGGUGUGGAUAUACACUCAGAGUACACCACAAGCAUAAUUUCAAUUUUGUUAGUAUCUCUUAAAUUCACUUUUCGAUUUUCACUACUAGCUAGUUGUGUAAAAAUCUGGAAGAUACCCUCGGCACACUCAGCCAAAAUUGACCUUCUGAGCCCAAAUUUCUCAAAAAUGUCCCUCCAUCCCCACCCUUGUUCACUCGCCUCGUUCAACUGCAAAUUAGUUUCGGCUACUAUAGCAAAAAGAGUAAAUACACAAGCAUGGAACACUAACCACGACACUUUCAAACAUUUACAGCGUGCAGUAAAGAAAUACUUUGAAGUGGAAGAUCAUACAGAAUGUAAAUACGGGUGGCCAAAUAGCCCUAAAGAUCUCGACGGCGCCAGAGAGAGGUACAUUUCUGCAGUGAAAAUCACGGAUCAGGAAUUUUGGAGUAAUAGAAGAAGAGUUGAUCGAAGUAUGACAUAUAGAAACUAAACUAACUUUAUUUAAGUUCUUUGUAUGUUUGCAUGGUGAUGAAAUAUAAAUUUACGUGGUGUUUCCACAAACAAAACUAUUAUAACUUUAUUUAUAUUAGAUAGCUCUGUCAGUUCUAAACUGUUCUUCCUAGUAAGAAUCAUCCCUUAUUGAUCCAGUGUUAUUACAGGGGAAAACCUAAACGAAACUAACUUUAUACCAGUAUCUAAAUUUAUACCAGUAUCUAUCAGUUCUAAACUGUUCUCCGUAGAGGUUCAGUAAGAGUCAUCUCUUAUUGAUCCAGUGUUACUACAGGAGAAAACCUGAACGAAAUUAACAACAGACAUCAUAUUUUUGUCGGCCCAACAUUGAACUGGGGCAUUACGCCUUUCAAAUUAUGUGAAAUUACAGCACCUGUCCCAUAGUUUUUAGCAAAUAUCGUAGAAUAAAAUUAAUUUAUUUUUUACCUUUCUACUAUUCUAGUUCGGUGUCACAGUGGUCCAUAUAAAUUCCAACAAUGGCUUGGUUUGAACUACACCGUUCCUUGGGUGGAAAUUAUGAGGUGUCCAACUCCACAUACUGAAUGCAUCAUUACACACAACACAAUCAUCGCUGUCCAACGAGAAAAAAUCUAUAAUGGAGGAAACGAAACUAUUAUGAUUGAUAAUUCUACCAAGUGUAAACAUAAAAUGCUGUUAUAGCUAUUAUUAAAAAUAUUGCUAUUAUUAAUGUAUAGC